AUGUCGCUGGUUGACAGCGCGGCGGUCUUUGAGACCCGAGCUCGGGCAAUUGGCAUUUCAGAUGCCGUGCUGAACGCAAUGGGCUUGAGGGGUUGGACAACGCACGCCACGUUUGCAUUUGCAGUGGCUUGUCAGCCGGGGGCCGAUGAACAGGCCUUCUUAGACGGCGUGGUGACGCCCAUUUUGGGCGCGAAAGAAGCCAAGUUUCUGGAUCACAGUCAAAGCGAAAGCGCUCUGGUGAGGUACUUCCUGCAGCCGAAGGGUUCCAGGAGACAGCAGAAGUGCCUGCAACUUUUUCUGAUCAAGGCCAUCGAAAACUUGAUGGCAACCCUACGCCUGUGGAAGCACAGGCGACGCAAAGGGAUGCAGCCAGUGCCCGCAACUCUGGGGGUCGCAAAGCUCAAAGUUGAAGCUGCAAACAAGCUUUAUCGUUUUUCGAAAGAGGUCAUCAUGCUCUGCCUCAAGAAGGGCAUACCCUUCAUCUGUGAGAACCCAAGGAGAUCAUUGAUGUGGCUCACCGAGCCUUUUUCUGUGAUGCCUGAGACGUGCAGGUUCCAAUACAUCCAUGCUUGUAUGUACGGAAGCCGGAGACGGAAGAGCACAGCCUUUCUGAUGAAUUUUCAAGCGGAAAACCUGCAAGCUCAGUGCGAUGAGCAACAUACGCACCUUCCAUGGGGCAUGGUUGACCCACAUGAUGGCAGUGGUCUCAAGUUUUCAACAAGCCUUGAGACGGAGUAUCCACAGCAACUUUGCAAACAGCUUGCCAUGGCCUUUCUUGACAGGUUGCAGCUACAGGGCAAAGCACCUCAACCCCCUGAACAAUGCGAAGAUCAACUACAAAAAAUGGGCGCAGGCAUACAGCCACGUGGAGCACGCGCCCCACUGCUCCUAGGCGAGUUCAAGUUUAAGGUCGAAGUGGCUUCUUCUGAUGCGCAAAUCCCUGCGUCAAUUGGACCUGAGGUGCAUUUUCCUUUUCAGGGAGUUCCUGUGGAUGCUAAACUGGUCUCUUCUCGAGAAGCAGAACUCAAAGCGUCCCUGAAUGAGGACGUCAGGACAGUGUUGGCUGACAAGAGGGUGGCCAGCGACAAAGAGAUAGCACAUGCAGUUUACCAAGAAACUUUACAGCAACUUUCUGACGGAUGGGUGAAGGGCCCCUUCACUGAAGCCCAGCUGGAUGCCAAGUACAAUAGGGCCCUUGAGCGGAUCAAAAGUAAGUUUGGUAGCGGAGCCCUACGGGGCUCGCUGCCGGUCCGCCAUUCGGACCUCGCUUGCUGGCUGCUGGCCGAUUGCGGCCUGCCUCGCGAGCGGGGCUGGUGGGCUUCGCGAGAUCUUCGAUCCGGGGCACCAUCUACGGCAACUUCCUGGUGGCACUACAUCGUGGACUUUGCCUUUGUGAUCGGGCACUGCGCUACUUGCUUGUCUUUGCCUUGGACAUCGGGCUCGGCGAUUGGCCGUCUACAUCCUGGUGAUCGGGCUUUCCGCUGGCACUACAUCCUUGCCUACCACCUGACCCUCGGGCUGCGCUGGCACUACAUCCUUGCCUACCACCUGACCCUCGGGCUGCGCUGGCACCACAUCCUUGCCUACCUCUUGACCCUCGGGCUUGCGCUGGCACUACAUCAUUGUCUACCACCUGGGCAUCGGGCUUGCACCGGUUCUACAUCCUUGCCAUUGACCAGACGGUCGGGCUCCUUGCACUACAUCACGGCGCUGUUCCUGGUUCUCGGGCUUGCAGGCGCUUGGCACUACAUCCUGGACUUUGACCUCACGAUCGGGCCUCAGCAUUGCGUGCAGAGCACUACAUCAUUUGCCUUCGAGGAGACAGACUUCCUGCUGGCUGGUUGCAGCCAUGACGGAUGGGUUCCAGGAGAUCCCAGCUAUCCACUUCGUCUUUACUUUGAUAGGUUGAGGCUGUGGUACAGAGUGACCAACUUGGACGAUGAGAUCAUUGGUCCUCUACUGGCUGGGCGGCUCUAUGGCAAGGCUGGCAAGAUAGCCUUGGCGCUGAAGGUGCCGCGUCCUGAUGGAACCUACGACACGGGCGAUGCAGCUCUCAGCAGGCUGGCGGUGGAUGAAGUCAGAGAUCCAACUACGGGGGCACUCUUGCAGGAGCACAUCCCUUCGGGCGUCCAGUACUUGACGGAUGCCCUCAAGAACGCCUUCGGCCAGAUGGAUCAGGAUCUUGCCACACAGGCAUUGGAAAGAUUCUUCAGUUGCAGCCGUGGAAAGAUGAGCCUGGCUGAGUACUCUGUGGAGUUUGAGACAAGGCUGGAUGAAGCAAGCGACAGGGCUGGACUAUCCCUCAACAACGUGGGUCGCUUCUACCUCUUCUUCAGAGGAUCUGGCUUGGCAACCAAAACCAUAGACGACAUCAAGUUGCAGGUUGGUGGUGAUUACAAUCGUUUCCAAGAUGCACGGCAACUGGCACUGAGGUUGAGUCCAAAUCGCCACAUGGAGAAUGCAGAAGUCUUCUAUGAAGAUGCCUGGAACUAUGACGAUGAGGUCUACUACGGCGACUAUGAUGAUUGGUAUGACGCUGAUGAUGAACCAUGGUGGUCGUACUACGAGGAUGAAGGUUGGUACGGUGAAGACUAUGGUGAUGAUCCCUGGCAUGAAUGCUAUGAGGAUGAAGAGGCCUGGAACUAUGAACCACCUGCGGAACAAGGUGGACAAGAUGCCAAGACCAAUGAGGAGCAGGCCAAGGACGACACAAGUGGUGCUGGAGAGUACUAUGGCAAGGGCGGCAAGAACAACAACCAGGAGGGCUGCUUCAACUGCGGCUCGAAAUGGCACAUGGUGAAGGAUUGCCCUUUGACCAGAAAGACCAGCAAGGGCAAGGGCAAGAGCUCUUCGUACUGGAAGGGCAAAGGCUAUGGUGGAAAGUCGAAAUCAAAAGGAUGGCCAUGGAGACCAUUUUCCAAAGGCAACUUCAAAGGCAAGAAAGGCUAUGGCAAGAGCAAGGGUGGCAAGAAGGGCUUCAACCGCUUUGGAAAAGGCUCUUGGUUCACAGCUUCCUCAUCUACAGACGAUGCUUCUGCUGUUCCUGUGUUGAUGACUUCAAAAGGCUUGAACAUCUCCGAUGGCAUCCCUGAUGAAACAACCAAGACAAGACAGAUGUCGCACAAUGCCAAGGAGUACGUCAUCCACACAUCUUCCGAGGAACAAGAAGAAGUGCUGAAGCUUGGACGAUCCAGCAACCAGGACAAGCACCACGACACCUCCUCCACGGACAAGACCGAGGAAGAUGGAGCAUGCAGCACAACUUCGAAGAAGGCUCAUUCUGUUGCCUUCAGCUUUACUUCAAGCUUCUACGACAUCAACGAGUACUUCGUGGUGAGAGGCGAGAAACGGAGGGGUUUGCUGAUAGACCCUGGUGCAGCAUCUGGUUUGAUUGGAUCAGAGACCUUACGUGACUUGCUGGCGACAUGUGUGAUCCCCUAUGGCAAGGAGGACAACUAUGAGAUCAGGUUUGACAAGACAUCGCCAGUGAGCGGUAUCAAUGGAGCCUCUGACAGGACGCUUGGGCAAGUGACAGUGCCACUGCAAACCAGUGGACAUGCCAUCUCUUACACUGGAGAGAUUCUUGGUGGACAGGGCAGUUUGUGUCCAGCUUUGGUUGGAAAUCCUGCACUUCGCAGCAUGAACAGCAUCCUCUUCACCAACUACUUCCAGAACGGCGAUGGUCUUCUUUCGACCGACUACAUCUCCGAGAAGGAUGGCGAGGAAGUCAAACGCUUCAAGCUCUUCAGGCUCUUGUUGACCGAAUCCGGCCACUACUUGCUCCCCACGGACGAGCCCAACACAAAGACCAAGCUCCCUGAUGGAACGCGUCAAGAAGUUGUUGCGUUCUACACCAAGGUGGUUGAAGAGUCUGUGAGACUCUGGAACGAUGUGAGUGAGAAGAUGACACACUGCUUCUUCGGUGAGUCUACCCGGGCGGCACAAACAGAAGGCGACCGGGGUGAUGACGUUCAACUAUGUGAUGAAGUUGAAGAAAGUGGUGAUGGAAAGGAUGAGAGCUCAGUGACUGAGCAUGCAGAGCUCCCCAAGACUCUCAAUCCCAACAGCGACAACAAGGAUAUGAGCGCUCAAGAAGUUUCACAUGGCGGCAUUUUGCCGGAGCCACAAUUUUCCAACGACACGCACAACGAGGAAAAGCCCUGCGAGAAGUUUCACCUGCAAGAAGCACAAUUUUGGCUCUCUGAGGAAGAAAGUUUUCCGCGCUACAAGGAAGACCAGAUCCCAGAGAACAUGGACAGAGGCAAGAUGGAGAAAAGGUACAGAGCGAUCCCUGAAGAGUUCUACAGCAAGUCUGGCUUCAGACCAAUCACUCCUGCCAACUUCCCAAAGUGGUUUCAAAGAGCUCGCAACAGAGGUCUCAAAUGGCACUUCUGGGAAAUUUGCAGCGGAUCAGGAAGACUGUCCUUGACACUGCUGUUGGCUGGCCUUGUGAUUGGACCACCCAUUGAUGCACGAUAUGGCUGGGACCUCAACAACUAUGGGCAUCAGCGCUACCUCAACAUGGCCAGGAAUGAGUUUGCCCCUGGAGUGAUCCAUUGCUCUCCAGACUGUGCUCCAUGGUCAAUCUCAUCAAACACGAAGGAUCCAGAACUACGUCAUCUUGAACGUCUUCGUGAUCAACCAGCACUGGAAUGGACUCAGAAGACUUGCGAGUAUCAAGAUGCUCAUGAACGAGGAUACUCACUGGAGCAACCUUGGGGAAGCGCCAUGACCAAGAACGACACAGAGUCUCCCCUGAGGUUGGAGAAAAUUCCUGGUAACCGACCAAAACAACGAGUUGACCAGUGCAUGCAUGAAGCACGAGAUGAACGUGGAUGGCUGAUUCAGAAGGCCACUGGUCUUUCAGCAAACUUCAAGUUUGGCAAGACAGCGCUGCGAUGCUCUGGGCACAAUGGACAGCGACAUUCUCAUCUUCAAGGACAAGCUCCCAAUGGUCUCUCAAGAACCUCUAUGUCAGCUGUCUACCCAAAGACUAUGUGCCAACGUAUGAGGAUGGACAUCAUCAGGUUCUUGGAGCAGAAGAAGUUGCUGCACAUCAAGGCAUGGCCUAUGGAACUAUCAUGGUUCUCCUCCCAGCACUUCUAUGAAUGUGUGCGCUGCACUCUUGGUCGAGCUUGCCCAAAAGGAAUUGAACACACUAUGGUUCCUGGACAAUGUCGUCAUGGCAAGUGGGCAUCUGGAACUGAUCCAGAGACCAAGGGUGACCCAGUGAAGAAGUGGAAAACCACAACCAACAAGGAGACCAUGGAACAGGUCAUCAUCAAGAACCACAGCAACAUUGAGUUGACGGUGGAGAGAUCACACUGGCUGAAGAAGAUGCUCAUGGAAACCGUGCACAACGCACUGGGUCUCUUCAACGAAGCCUCCAACAGGAUGGUUGACUACGACCACUGGGUGAACAAUGCUGUGAUGAUGUCGCUCUUCAAGGAGGUCUUUGAUCAACACAUGGAAGUCAAGGCGGUGAAGAUCAGCUUGCGACCAUUUCACAAAGCUCCACCUGAUCCUCAAGUUGUGACUUCCACGGCCUACCUGCGACUUCACAUCAUCGGCAACAUCAAGGAGUGGACCAUCCAGAACAUGGAGGAUUUGCGAGAAAUGAGCCACAGCCAAAUUCAUGCUGACUUGGACGUGGAGCAUUGGAUGGUGACAGUCUAUGGACAAGAUCUUGGAACUGUUCCUGCACCAUCCACACCGACCUCCAGACCAAGAAGCAUUCCACCUCAACCUGAACUACCUCCACGACGAGAUGAUGCAGCUCUACUUCCUCAAGUACGAGAACGUCCUGAAGAUCCUGCAGAACAAGAGGCCAUCCAAGAUGCACCCUAUGAGGAGUUUGACUCUCAAGACCGGAAGGACUUGGACAUCAUCAGACCCAUCAAGCCCAACUACAACAUCAGAAGGGUCUUGCACAAGCUUCCAAGCCUGGUCUCCAAUGGUGACAUCACACGGGCAAAACAGCUUCUACUUGGCCUACAUGAAAGACUGUGGCAUACGCCGGUGUCAGACUUUGUCAGUCUUCUUCGGCGAGCUGGCAUGCCAACUGAAGUACUUGAACAAGCACGAGAUGCAGUUGCAGGAUGUGCCGUUUGCAGAAAGUACAUCAGAUUGCCCAACCGGCCACAGACACGGACUGGUGGUGCACACAUCUUCAACGAGGCCAUCCAGAUUGACCUCUUCAACCUCGACAGCACAUGGUUUCUUUUGAUGUUGGAUGAAGCUACACGCUUCAAGACAUGCAGCGUUGUGGAAGGUCAAGAAGCCGAUCAGCUGCUGUCCUGCCUGCUCAAGUCCUGGAUCUACAUGUUUGGUCCGCCGCACAAGAUCAUCAUGGACCAGCAAUGCAGUCUCAUGGGACAUGAAGUAGCUGUGGAGUUUGAACGACUUGGAAUGGCAAGAGUUCCGAAAGGAACCACUGCAGGACAAGGAGCUGAACAACACACAGGCACUGGACUGGUAGAACGACAUGUACAACUGCUGAAGCUCACCAUGCUGAAGCUUCGUGCCGAACUUGCCAGACAAGGGCUGACACAUGAACCACAAGAUCUAUGUCAAGAAAGUGCCAUGGCCCACAACAUCACGCUGAACUAUGGUGGUGCAACACCCUCUAUGGCAGUUUUCGGCAUGCUUCCACGUGGCUUCUACGAGCUCGACAGCGACGGUGUCAUGACCACAGCUGGAUCGGUUCAGACUGAUGUGACUCCUUUUGAACGAGCAAUCAGAAUCCGGCAGACAGCUCUUGCUCAGACACAGCAAGCAAUAGCUGAGGUGGAGUUCUGCCGUGAAGUCAAAGGAGAUCCUGGUUGGCGUGGUCCUGCUCUUCUUCUACGUUUGGACGAGCAAGAAGGCACGGCUGUCAUACAGUACCAAGGGAAGCCCUACCUCGUGGCCUUGAGACACAUCAGGCCUUUCCGAGGUAUCUUCAUGGUGGAGGUGCAGAAUGAGUCGGUGGAGACAGCAAUGCAUCACUUGAUGCGCUACGUUGAAAGCCUCACCGACUACAAGAUCUACCUCUAUGGAUGGCUGCAAAAGAAGAAUGGUGCAUGGUACAAAGUACCCAAGGACGAGUACCCCAUCAAGAAGGUCAUGCACUGGGCAGAAGAGAUCUCUAGAACUUUGAGAAAAGACCAGCUGCACGGCAUCAUGAUGGGCAAGAGCCUGCGCACCUUCAAGCCUCCAGCCAACACCACUGGCACACUACUUUCUUGGCUUCGUGGAGGAAGAAAUUACUCCAUCAUGGAAUGCAAGAAUGCGAACCAUUUGCAGGUCAAGAAGUUCAGUGGCUUGGCACGAGAAGAUUUGUGCAUCCUGUACUUCUUCUACUACCAGUUUCCUCCAGUAGAGCUAGAAGCGCAGAACAAGCAGGAAAACCGACCAGAAACCAGAACAGUUGUCUUGGCCCCAGAACGCAAGAAACAACGAGUGAUGAUGGUCAGACGAGACCUUGAGUUCCUCAGGAUGUUCUACAUUGAAGAGUCGCGCAACAAGCAGAUCCUGGUGGACUUCCCAGAAGACUGGAAAUUGGGCUACGACCUUAUGACAGCAGCCACCAGAAGCUUCCUUCUACAACAUCGAGAACGAGAACGCGCUGCACUGCCUGUCCUCUUCAACAUCGAGUACAAGCAAGAUGCUGCGGCGAUUGCCUGCUUGCGCACGGCCAAGAUCUACAAGGUUGACGACGAGACCAAGAACAUCGAGGAGGACUCCAUCACUGCUGAACUAUGGGAUCAAGUAGAUGCAGCCGACAGAGCGGAGAUCGCUCAAUUUGUCAAUGAAGGUGCAUUCAAGAAGAUCCACAAGAACCAGAUCACUGCAGAAAUGACAGUUGUGGAUGCACGAUGGAUCCGGAAGUGGAAACGUCACCCUGACCGCAGUUUGCGGGUGAAGUCCCGUCUUUGUGCAAGAGGUUUCUUGGACCAGCAGAAGGGUGAGCUCACAACACGUUCCACGACGGCGACAAGAUUGAGCCAGAGGAUCCUUGUGAGUCAUGCUGCAAGUGACCCAGACAGAACAUUGGAGAGCAUCGACAUCUCUGGUGCCUUCCUGAAGGGCUUCAACUUCGAGCAGAUCAGAGAUGCACUGCGGAAGAUGGGCAUUGAUUCACCACACCGCAUUGUCAUCAUCAUCCCUCCAAUGAAUGUCUUCAGGCAUUUGGCCGAGCUGUCCGACAAGUUCCACAUACCAGAGCACCAGCUGCAUGAGUAUGCCCUCAUGGCGAUCAAGCCGAUCUACGGGCUGAAUGACGCUCCACUGGCAUGGCAGCUUUGCUUGCACAACCACAUCAAGGACAGCGGAGGACAAAAGUCCCAUCUGGAUGAGAACACCUUCACAUGGAAGGAGAAUGGAACAUGCAUUGCAAUGGCAACCACUCAUGUGGACGACAUAGCCAUCUCUGCGCCAAUCAAAUGGAUUGACAACACCAACACUGCCUUCACCAAGCGAUUCGGCAAGGUGACAAGACAACAGCUUCCAUUUUCACACUGCGGCUGUGAGUACCUGAAGAUCAAGGACGGGUACAAGAUCUGUCAAGAAGAGUUUGCAGAAAAGGUCAAACCAGCCCCAGUUCCAAACAGAGAAGACAGCUCUCGAUUGACCAGGGAAGAGCAGUCACAAUUCAGAUCGAUUCUGGGCGCACUUUUGUGGCUUACUGCAACGAGACUGGACCUGAUUGCGGACAUCUCCUUGCUGCAGAGCCGAGUGACGGUCUCAGAAGUGAAGGCUCUGAAGAUGGCGAAUCAAGUUCUUGAGAAGGUGAUUGAGUUCAAGGAUGUCGGCCUCUACUACAGAAGCUUCAAAACAUCCCAUCAGAGAUUGUCAUCGAAGGGCAGAAACUAUGCACAAGAAGGAGUUCUUGUAGGAUUGGCUGACGACUACUUCCACGACAAGGUCAUGGACACGGAGAUGGUCUUCGACGAUGCUGGACCUUGUGGAGCUCAACUUCAUGGAGGAGUGUUCCACAUCUUGCACUCCAGCGGUGGCAAGGCCAAGCGUGUGAGUUACUCAACAUCACAUGCUGAAACAUUGUCAAUGGUUGGGGGCAUGGAAACCACCACACUCAUCAUGGUCAGAAUGGCGGAGAUCAUGCACAAGGAGAAAGCACUGAGCAUUCGUCAGCUCAUUGGCAUCCAGGAAAGUGGAUACCCAGAAUUGCCCAUGGACUUCUAUGGCGACUGCAAGGACGUCUUUGAGUUGGUCACUGGAGCGAGAACAUUACCACAAGAUAAAGGCCAACGACUCUACAUCCUCAGCAUCAAGGAGAGUCGCAUUGCAGGCAGAAUGCGAAUGAUGGUCCUGGUGCCCACUGGAUGUAUGACAUCGGACUCCUUGACCAAGCCCAUGAUCCACUACAGCAUGCUCUACCCCCUCACGACUGGUAUGGUUGAGUUUGAAAACCAAGAAGAUCACCCGGUGACGGCAAGAGUGUUACCGGCACUGAGCAACUAUGACGAGCACGACAUCGUCAAAACAGAUCAAGAGAUCAUCGACAUGACCAAGGAGAAGGACAUCAAGAUCUGCCACUCUACUAUGUUGCUUGGACUGGUUGCACACAAGAGCACUAUGACACGAGCAGCUCUGGCCGCUACUAUGUUGCAUUCAGCUGCAGCGAUGGACAUGGACAAGAACGACACCGCGACCGACGACACCACCUACGCUGGCGUCUAUCUCAUGAUCUUUGUCACGGUGGUCCUCGCGAUCAACUUGGAGAAGAUGAUCACCUACAUUUGGAGAAAGAUUUCACCGCCUCCACAGAGCAGGAGACGCAGACGUGGGCCAACACGUGAUGAGGCGACUGGAACGCCUAUGGACGUGGAUCAGUCAAAUCUGACAAUGAUGGACGAAUCAACAGAUGAUGAAGUUCGUCAACUUCGGAAGAGGCUGCGCAUUGAGAAGGAGGAGCGCGACGACCUGAAGAUUGUGAUUCAAGUCAGAGAGAAUGCGCUCAACAACAUGCAGGAGCAGCUUGACGAAAAGACCAGAGAAGCAACAAGCUGGAAGGACUUCGCCGAGCGAGUCAGCGGCGAUCGAGAAAACCAGAAAAUAGCCAAGGAAGAGAAUCAGGAGAAGAUUGAAUCCCUCGAGAAUCAGCUGGACAUCCUCGAGGAAAACAUCGCAAAGGUCACUGCAGACAACGAGCAGCUGCAGAAGACGAUCGAGGAAGUCAAAGGUGAGAACCGCAUGAAGGAAGGUGUGAUUGCCUCCUCAACACGUGCAAUCAGCCAAUUGCGAGAGCAACUCAAGGAGGAGAAGAAGAAGAACCGCGAUGGGCAGGCGCUUUUCGGGGCUAAUGCUGCUGCUGCGCCGGCUGCUGCGCCGAUGGUGGACGUGGAGAGAGAGAACUUCACGAAGCGAAUCGAGCAGCUGGAAGCUGAGAAGAGGCGCCUGAGAGAGAUAGCUGACCAACACGGUCAGGAAAUUCAAAGAUUGAGGGCACAGCUAGGUGAAACCAAAGCUCCGCCCAAAAUCUAUGUUACAAAGGCAGGUUCAUGCUACCACGAAGCCAAAUGCAACCACCUGCUACACGGCAGGGAUCCAAGGCCAAAGGUGGAGUACAGACGGUGCGAAGACUGCUUAGGAUAG